AUGUCAGUAGCGAUUUUAAGCGGUAAAUCCAUUCAAUGGAUUUUACGUUCAUCAAAUCCUCUUCGGACAGCUUUUUUACUCGUACCAACAACAUCGAAGACAGUCGAACAGAAACGUUCUGUCUCCUGGUAUUUAGGUAAAGAAGAACAUCGAAAUUUCUUAUCUCAAGCCAGUUACUUUUAUUCAAAUCCGGAAUAUGCUCAAUGGAAAGAAAAGUCGUUUCGAAAUGAAUUGAUGGUGGAAACACCGCCCAAACGUAAGUUACGUAACUUUAAAAUUAACUUUGGUCCACAACAUCCAGCAGCUCACGGUGUACUUCGUCUCAUUGUUGAACUUGAUGGAGAGACUGUCUUACGUGCUGAUCCACAUAUUGGACUUUUACAUCGUGGUACUGAAAAACUGUGCGAAUAUAAGACAUACAUUCAAGCUUUGCCGUAUUUCGAUCGAUUGGAUUAUUGCUCUAUGAUGACAAACGAACAAGUCUAUUCAUUGGCUGUUGAACGUCUUCUUGGUAUUAACAUACCUGAUCGUGCAAAAUAUAUUCGAACUUUGAUGGGUGAAAUGACACGUAUUUUAAAUCAUACAUUAGCUGUUGGUUGUCAUGCACUGGACGUUGGUGCCAUGACACCAUUCUUUUGGCUUUUCGAAGAGCGUGAAAAGAUUUGCGAAUUCUAUGAACGUCUUAGUGGUUCUCGUAUGCACGCGGCUUACGUACGUCCCGGUGGUGUUGCAUUUGAUAUGCCACUUGGAUUUAUGGAAGAUGUUCACAAAUGGUGUGAAUCCUAUUCACGUCGUAUCGAUGAAGUUGAUGAUCUUCUCACGAGAAAUCGUAUUUGGACUCAACGAACAGUUGGCAUCGGUGUUGUAACAGCUGAAGAAGCUCUGAAUCUUGGCUUUUCGGGAGUUAUGUUACGUGGCUCCGGUAUCAAAUGGGAUCUACGAAAAACACAACCGUACGACGCAUAUGAUAAAGUAGAAUUCGAUGUGCCAAUCGGUGUGAACGGAGAUUGUUUCGAUCGUUAUUUAUGUCGUAUGGAAGAAAUGAGACAAAGUUUAAGAAUAAUGGAGCAAUGUAUCAAUCAAAUGCCUGCCGGAGAAUAUAAAAUUGAUGAUCACAAGAUCACACCACCAAAACGCACGGAAAUGAAGGAAUCAAUGGAAGCACUUAUUCAUCAUUUUAAACUUUUCAGUGAAGGUUUCGUAGUUCCACCUGGUACAACCUAUACUGCUAUUGAAGCACCAAAAGGUGAAAUGGGUGUUUAUCUUGUUUCUGAUGGUACAUCAAGACCGUACCGAGUUCAUAUCAAAGCUCCUGGAUUUAUCCAUUUAGCUGCUCUUGAUCGUAUUGCUCGUCGCCAUAUGCUGGCUGAUUUGGUUGCUAUCAUCGGUACAUUAGAUAUUGUCUUUGGUGAAGUUGACCGUUAA